AUUUAAGAGCCUACUGGUUUCAGAUCAAGACUCUAGAAGCCUCCAUCACCACAUUUCCUGUUUGUAACUGAACAAAGUACACACAAAAGAUUUUAAGAAACAGAAGAGAGAAAAAAAACCGAAGUACAGAUAAAGACAAGUUUUACUGCCACACUGCUUCUAACAUAACAGAACAACAUUACUUAGAAACAGAAGUUUGUGAGAGUAUUUUUAAUCCAUGUAUUUGCUUUAUGGCGACAUAAGGAUUUUUCUGAGAAAGCAAGCAUGUCAGGAAACUCUGAAUGCCAGUUUUAUGUCUGGGCAAUUCUAGCCUUCUUGGUUUUAGCUUUGGCUCUAUCCCUGAUCUUCAAUAUUUCCCACUAUGUGGAAAAAAAGCGACAAGGUAAAAUAUACAGAUACCACGAUGACUACAUUCUCAGGGAGGAUGAGUAUUAUGUUGAAGACACACCAAUUUAUGGCAAUUUAGAUAAUCUGGUCCCAGAACCAAUGGAUGAAAAUUGCUAUGAACAAAUGAAAGCCCGACCAGAGAGGUCUGUGAAUGAACCACAAGAAGCCACCCCACCUGCACGGGGUCCUGAUGAAACACAGAUGUUUUACGCCUCACUAAAUCACAGCAAUGAGGGGAAGCGCAGAAAGCCCAAGAAACAGAAUACCUACUUGUCAGACAAGGAUAAAGAUGAGCAGUUACACGGAAUGAAUGCCAGCCUUUCUAAGACCACUCUGGCAGACAGUUUCCCACCUGAGAAGCAGGCAGUAGAAGAAAACAUUCAUGAUGAUCCCAUUAGACUGUUUGGAUUGAUUCGUGCAAAGAAAGAACCUGUAAACUAGCUGGAUUGUGCUCUAGCUCAGUGAUUCGGCUCUUAUUGAAAAAGGUUGUUAAAGAAAACAAGAUUCCCAUAUGACAUAGCAUGCUUUGGCAGGGUGGGACUGAUCAUUUGUUGGGAUGGUGGUUUACCUCUCAUCCAGAGCUUAUGUUCUUGCAUACUGAAUGUAAUGUCAUGAAAAUUAGUUAUUCAAAGUCAUUAUUUAAAUCCGCUUAAAAAAUAUCUAGUAGUAAAAUGUAAAAUAACAUCAAGUUUGCAAAUUGAUCUUGAUGGCAGUGUCACAACUUCACCAACAACAUCUAAUACUCAGUGAAAUAAAACCAAAAAUCUCUGAAGAGGAAAUUUUUAUUCUGAGAACUGAAGAAUGAGGAGUCUUCCGUGUGAGAGAGAGAAAGGAAGAGCAUAUUGUGUAAGAAUUCUGUUUGGAAUCACCUAAUUCUGUCAAUAAUUAUUUUCUGUUAUGAAUUUAUGUAAAAUUAAAGGUCAGUGCCAAAGUGAAAUAUUCGAAGUUAUUUACAAUGUCAUAGGACAUACACGCAGAAACAGUAAAAUCUAAGGUCAGAAGGAAUUGGGCUUCUGAUUCCAAAGAAGAGCUAAAACACCACAAGAAAUAAAAUUAAUAACAAUUAAUAAUUA